AUGUUGUCGAGUACAUUAACAGCAUUUGGAGCUGUUGUGUCAAUUGCUCGGUGGAGUCUACGUGAACUACUUCCAUUGGUCGAGCUGACGCUAGACCGAAUAGAAUCGCAGAUCGUUCUGGAUCCACUUUCAAUCCUCCUCCAUACUUGUUCAGGUAGAAGACGACGACAGGCCUGUUCUUUCGAAAUACAUUUUAACAAUGACGAGUACAAUACAUGCUGUUUUUCCUUAAUUACAAUUCCUAAGAUGGAUCGAUAA